AUGGACCACAAUUACCACGGCCGUCCUCCAACACGCCGGCGCGCCCUUGGCGACGGCACUCACCGUGCGAACGAGAAUCCUCAACCUCAGCGACAGGGUAAGAAGGACAGUCACGAGCGUAUGGCUCCUCCACCCAAAGUGUUACCCCACAACGAGUCGAUGGUGCCUAAUGGCACACUCGCUGUACACCACGAGCAACAGUCAACCACACCCGAGAACAAGCGUCUCUCUGCCGUUGUGGCUCAUGAACCGCGUCCACAUAAUCCCAAGCGCGACUCAACCAUCUCCAAUGCCAGCACCAACGCGUCAAAUACCAAUCGUCGCCGCAAAACGCACAUUGGGCCAUGGCAGCUGGGCCGGACUAUAGGUCGAGGCGGAUGCUCGCGUGUGCGACUGGUCAGACACAGCAUAACAGGACAGUUCGGCGCUGCCAAAAUCAUCUCAAAGACGACUGCAGAAAAGGUGCGAGCCUUGAGUCUAGCCAACCUGAUCCAAAGCGCAGAGCAGGACCCCACCCUUUACCCUGACGGCAAGGCCAUUCCCUUCGGCCUGGAGCGCGAAAUCUGUAUCAUGAAGCUGCUAGAUCAUCCGAACAUCGUCCGUCUUUAUGACAUCUGGGAGAACCGGGACGAACUCUACCUCAUCAUGGAGUACGUCGAAGGUGGCGAGCUGUUCAGUUACAUCCACGAACAAGGCGGCCUUAUCGAGAUCCACGUCGUCCACAUUUUCCGUCAGAUCAUCGCGGCCCUGAUCUACUGCCACCGAAUCAGUAUCCACCAUCGCGACCUCAAGCCGGAGAAUAUCCUGCUAGACAGGGACACAAUCACAGUCAAGCUGGUCGAUUUUGGCAUGGCGGCGUUGCAGCCAGCCGGCAAAAAACUCACCACACCGUGCGGCAGUCCUCACUAUGCAGCACCCGAGGUCAUUAAAACCACGGCGUACGACGGCGCUAAAGCCGACGUAUGGAGCUGCGGCGUUAUCCUCUACGUCCUGCUCACAGGUACACCACCGUUCAACUACUCUGGUGACGACAGAGAUCUCAAGUACCUGUUCAGAGCAAUUGAGAGAGGCGAGUAUGUUCUACCCGAUACUCUCUCGCGCGAAGCUGCCGACCUCAUAAAGCGCAUACUCAUACCAGAUCCUAAGCGACGUGUUGGUCUCGAGGACAUCUGGAACCACCCUUUCUUACACAAGUACAGCAAGGAGCUGAAUUUUGUUGGCGAGAACACAUCGGCCAACCACUGGACCGGACCGUUGCCAUCGAUUACAAGUUGGGAGAGCCUGGAGCGAACAACAAUUAACCGCGAGAUUUUGCGUUACCUUCGCACUCUGUGGCACAGCGAGAAGGAGGAAGUCAUUGUUCAACGUCUCAUGAGCGGAGAAGCGAACCAAGAGAAGUACUUUUACUCUGCGCUAGAGAAGUACCAGCAAGACCAACUUGAGAACUACCAGCCCAGUGUUCACCACCCCAUCACACACUCUGCCAGCGAUCAUCACCACAAUGUGCGACAUACUCCGACAACUGAGGAUGUUGAGCAGAUGCCGAAGCAAAAACACAAGCGCUCCCAGUCCGGUUAUUCGAUUCUGAACAAUGAGCACAUGUACUCAAAACACAGCUUCUUCGAGUCUCUUGCGUCAGAAGUCAGCUAUGACCCCUUCCACGCAUCUAAACAACCUAUUGUCCCAGAAGAGGCUACGCAGAAUGUCACUGUUCGCCGCAAGGCAAGCAUCGAUAGUCGCAAUCUGCGUCCGGCUACCGCGUUAGGUCACCGCACCGGCAGCUCCCUGCGCAUCCAAGCUCUGCGGAAUUCUAAGCGAGGUUCUGCUGUUUCUCGCGGCUCCUCCAAGCAGACUACACCAUCUCAACGAUCCGUAAACGUCCGAUCUGUGUCUAGAUCCUCGCUCGCAAGCUCACACUGGCCGAGUAGUCCUCCAGUCAUUGCUAGAUCUGGUGGGAUUGGUAGACGAGGCGUGAGUUUCUCACACCUGCAUCGUCGUCAUGGAUCAACAGCCACAGCGAGCACAGCAGACACUGGUGUUCUCGCUUACACACCAGACCGGUAUACGUCGGUCGAUCGCCGUCGUGAAUCGGUUGGAUCAAACAGGUCGUCCCCUCGAUCAGGUGCUCUCCAGCCAUCGCCCACUACACGGACGAAAACGAGAGCUUCUGCAACCGCAGCCGUACCUCGCCUUCGAGUGCGGAAGCCUGAGAGUCCCAGCAAAUACAUUCAGAGCGAGGCACGGAAGGUCAGCACUGAACUUGAGAAAGUAAUGGAGGAAGCAUUCAAUCGUUCCUCCAUGAGCUCUAGCAUACGAACCACAUGGAAUAGCGCUUACCAAGACGUUCCUUUCUCUCAGUAUGACACACCUCCUACCUCGUUCUCGAACCGAGAUUCCGGUGGCAGCACAAUCGCCACCCCAAACACCAAAGCCAUGCUUGCGUCUCGGCCACUCCCUCCAAUUCCCAAGGAGACGCCAAAUACCUUCUUGCACAGGAAGCUUGUUGAGACUCGAGCAGAUAUCGCUCGAAGGCUAACUGAAGACGAAGGCAAUACCGAGCAUUUCACGGAAGUGCUUGAACACCUUGAUCGCUUGAUUAUACCACCCGCUGACAACAAACGCGUGGUGUCUGCUCCUGCUAGGUCGCCUGAGCACCCAGCACCAUUGCAUGCUAUACCAGAGGAGGUGAAGGUCGAUGGUGAAGCUGGGUUUGAAUCAACCUAUAGCCCACACUAUCGAGCUUUCACUGACCCUGUUAGACCCCAAGCUCGUCGCGCAGUCACAGCACAAGAUACAAUUCGCCUCGUUAAUCAGUCACCUACUCGCGUCGCUCCGCUCAACAUCCGUAAGCGGAGCGGCGCCAGCGUUUCUUCAAAGUACACGAAUGAUGUACCUCCCUCCGUCCCAUGGCCAGGCCCAAGCGCGCAGAAUUCCAUUCGAUCUUAUCGAAAUGUGCACAAAGAUUUCCUGGCUGCACGUGUGAAUAUCGCACCUCCACCACCGCCAGAGAAACAGCCUAUGAUCAAGAAGAAGAAAUCUUCGUGGUUUCGUCGCAACACGGGGGAAACUGAACCACAAUACAUGCACGAGCCUCAUGUGAGGACGAAGAAAUCGACCGUUUUGUUACAGAUUCCUGAAGCAUGGCAGGGGCUCGAUGAUCGUAUCAAGUACCACCCUUCGCCCACGCUGACUUCUCACCACGAAGCUGCUAAGCAUGUGUCGAAGCAAUCUGACGUUAGCAACAUCAGCGAGUUUCCUAUGCGCAACAACGGUUCAGCUGCUGCUAAGAGCGACAGUUCAGCACGAAAGGGCUUCCUUGGCUUCUUUGGCAAGAAGAAAGAAGAGAAACCUAAGACCCCUAUGGAGCUAGGUCUCAACUUCAGUUCCUCGUCCAUUCUCUCGAAUUACGACCGUGGCCCAGAGUCGAGCGAAUCAGUCAAUCGGAACGGCCCACCUGAAGUGCAGAUGAACUGGUUGUCACGCUUCCUGCACAUCAAGCCCGCCACCAAGACUCUCUGCUUCCACGUCGGUCGUGGGAAAGUUCGCCAGGACCUCGUUCGCUUACUUCGAGACUGGCAGCGUUUUGGCGUUCGCGACGUGGCUUUCGACCGCAAGACUAAUGUCAUCAACGCUCGUGUAGAUAAAGUGAAUCAUCUCAAAAUUAAGCCUGUAUCUUUUGUCAUCGAACUCUUUGUCGUUCUGGAGCAUGGGCACCGAGCAAAUCUGUGCCUCACCCGGUUCACUCAGACUCGAGGCGCAGCGUCGAGUUUCCGCAAGGUCGUCGACAUUGUCGAAGACGUGUGUCGUGCUAAAACCAUGCUAGUCGAGGAUCCAGAGAAACAAGCGACGAUGAUGGAGGUAUUAGACUAG